AUGACCAUCCCUCAUAUGAAUCACGCCGUAUCGAAGAAUGCUAAAAAUAAGGUUUCAAGUGCAAUAUGCCCCACGCAAGAUCGAAACGGGAUCAGGAAACAACCCGAUGACAAUAUAGUUAAUGAACUGUCUUCGCAUAAAAAGCCAAAAGCGUCCCACCCCAAUUCCUUGAUGAAACCUAAAACGACUGACAAGCAUGAACGCACUCAGGCUGCGCUAGAGGACGUAGCAUCAUUACAACUUAGACCGGCUGAUGACAUGGAUCCGGUAACAGUGUCAGCAGCUUCAGUAGUGUCAAUGUCCAAUGACGUUUUGAAGCCAGAAACACCCAAAGGGCCGAUUAUAAUUGGUAAGAAUACUUUAAGUGGCAUUUUUUAUGGACCUUCUUUUUCUAAAGGGGAGUCUCUUAAUGCUCGAAUGUUUCUAAAGUAUUACGGCGCACAUAAAUUUCUAGACACCUAUCUCCCCGAAAAUUUGAAUUCGUUAUACAUUUACUAUCUAAUCAAAUUACUAGGUUUUGAAGUCAAGGAUCAAGCGCUUAUCGGCACUAUCAACAGUAUUGUUCAUAUAAGCCCACCCGAGCAUCCACAGGAUUCGAAAAAUACGAUAUCUGUUACCAAUGUAGAAGACCCGUUGGCAAAGAAACAAACAGUUCGUCUAAUCAAAGAUUUACAAAGAGCAAUCAAUAAGGUUCUAUGCACAAGAUUGAGGUUAUCCAAUUUUUUCACUGUCGAUCAUUUUGUUCAAAAAUUACAUACCGCUCAAAAAAUUUUGGUCCUGACAGGUGCAGGAGUUUCAACUUCGUUAGGAAUCCCUGACUUCAGAUCCUCUGAAGGGUUUUAUUCAAGAAUCAGACAUUUGGGGCUCGACGAUCCUCAGGAUGUUUUCAAUUAUAAUAUUUUUAUGCACGAUCCUUCCGUUUUUUAUAAUAUCGCCAAUAUGGUUCUACCUCCGGAAAACAUUUAUUCUCCAUUGCAUAGCUUUAUUAAGAUGUUACAAGCAAAGGGUAAAUUAUUGAGGAAUUAUACUCAAAACAUUGACAAUUUAGAAUCCUAUGCUGGAAUAAGCGCUGAUAAAUUAGUUCAGUGCCACGGUUCUUUUGCUACUGCCACAUGCGUUACUUGUCAUUGGAAUCUACCUGGCGAGAGGAUAUUCAAUAAAAUCAGGAACCUUGAACUUCCACUAUGCCCGUAUUGCUUUAAAAAAAGAAGAGAGUAUUUCCCAGAGGGGUACAACAGUCCAUCUAACUCCAACAGAUUGGACGGUACAUCUUCACAAGAUUCGGCUCCGACAAGACCUCCAUAUAUCCUCAACUCAUACGGUGUCCUCAAACCAGAUAUCACGUUUUUUGGCGAGGCUUUGCCAAGUAAAUUCCACAAGAGUAUCCGUGAAGACAUUUUGGAAUGUGAUUUGUUGAUUUGCAUUGGAACAAGUUUGAAAGUGGCACCAGUAUCCGAGAUCGUAAAUAUGGUCCCUGCGCACGUUCCUCAAGUCCUGAUCAACUAUGACCCCGUCAAGCACGCAGAAUUUGACCUAUCCCUCUUGGGUUACUGUGAUGAUGUUGCAGCCAUGGUUGCUCAGAAAUGUGGUUGGACAAUUCCCCACAAGAAAUGGAAUGAUUUAAAGAACAAGAAAUUCGAAUGCCGGGAGAAAGAUAAAGGUGUAUAUGUCGUCGCAUCAGAUGAACACCCAGGGACUUUAUAA